CAGGUAAAAAUGAAUUCAUCAAGAAGAAGUGAAAGCGACUGGCAAGGUUUGGUGAGCGAGUUCCUGGUGUGCAAGCGGAAGUUGGAGAGCAAAAAAGAGGCUCUUCUGAUCUUGUCCAAAGAGCUGGACACUUGUCAGCAGGAAAGAGAUCAAUACAAGCUGAUGGCUAACCAACUACGUGAAAGACAUCAGAGCCUGAAGAAGAAAUACAGGGAACUUAUUGAUGGCGACCCUACGUUGCCACCAGAAAAGCGCAACCAGGUUAAUCUUGCUCAGAUGUUGAGGGACUCCCGAGAGAGGAGUAAGCAAUUAGCUGAGGAAGUCAAGGAGCUCAAUCAGAGACUUACUGAAGCCCAAGGAGACAACAAGCUACUGAGGAUGACUAUAACCAAACAGAGACUCGGAGAUGACGAAGUUGGUGUGCGGCAUUUUCCCGCCCAUGAACGAGAGGACCUGGUGAGGCAACUGGAGAAAGCAGGGCUGCAGAGAGAGGAACUGGAGCUCAAUGUGAAGACCUUGUCUGACGAGCUGCAGGACGUCAAGGCCGAGAGGACGGUUUUCCGGGAGAAAGCGGAGCGUCUUAACUUGGAGCUCAACCACAUCUUGGGCGGCCAAGAAAAACGCAUCAUCGACGUGGAUGCUCUCUGCAUGGAAAACAAGUACUUGCAUGAACGCCUAAAGCAAGCUCAAGAGGAAGUCAGUCUGCUGAAAGCUAACAUAAUGAAAUACAAGACUGCCCUCGAGCGGAGAAAAAACUCUGAAAUAAGCGGCAAAUCUAACAGCAGCGCUCUUACAGGUGUCCUCUCGGCCAAACAAGUGCAGGAUCUGUUGUCAGAGGAUAAUGGUUGCAGCUUGCCAGCCACCCCUCAGUCCAUUUCAGACCUGAAGUCUCUGGCCACAGCCCUGUUGGAGACUAUUCAUGAGAAAAAUAUUAUCAUACAGCACCAGCGCCAGACCAACAGAAUUCUGGGAAACCGAGUAGCUGAACUAGAGAAGAAACUGAAGACACUGGAAGUAUCUGGUUUGUGGAGCCUACCAGGUCUUACAUACAACGUUUCCCUGGGAUUGGGGACAGGAGGUCGGGACGCCAUUAAUUUGAGUGAGAGCCAGCGACCCACUCCUCCCUCUUUGCUUAGCCUUCCGCUGAAACCUGAAUCCACCGAAAGGUCCGUCACGCAGCCCCCCACAGAUGACAGGACAGGAAGUGGAGGGCCGUCGUCUUGGGAAGGGGGCACAGCUGGCGAUGACGGCUUCGCUAAAGUGUGGCACGGCUCCCGCCCCCGUCCAGAUGGUGGCAGCGAGGAGGACGGAAUAGCUGUCAUCUCUGACAAGGAGAUUGACACGCGCGGGACAGAGACGGAGAGACAGGCCGAGGAGCAGGUAGACGGCGGGAUACGAGCGAACCCCAUCUUAGAGGUGAAUUCCGUCUUGGACUUGAACCGUACGGCGGAGAGAGGCGGGCCAAUUGCUGAACCGAUAGUAGAAGAAGGAGAGGUUUUAGACAGAGAAGAGGAGGAGAGCACGCUAACAGUGGAGGAGGGGGAAGACGCCGCAGUGACCCUGGCUUCACCUAUCUCCGAUAACUCGGACUACAGCACUUUUACACAUACACAACAACAUACACAGCUUGAGUCGGCCCAAACUAUGCCGGACUGCAAUCCACACGAUGAAAACGGCCGUCACAUUUUGGAAGACUUGACUAGUCUGGACACCAGCAUAGACGAAAUUUUAGAAGAAACCUCAACAGCUUCCGUACCUAGAUCUGGGGACCUUUUUCAAGCGAAUAGUCGCCCCUUUAUACAGAGUUGGGAGCUAGACUGUCAGUCAGGACAAAGCGACAGCUGUCACAGUGAAAGUUUGGCUUAG